AUGCAGCGAGUUUCCGUCUCUGGCAUCGUGGCAGGAGAGUCAGCGGGAUCUGCUGGGAUGGCUCCGCGCAAUCAGAAGUUCUGGUUCGAAGAUGGGAAUAUCGUGCUCCAGGUUGAGAAUGUGCAGUUUUGCGUCCACAAAGGCGUGUUAACUCGCCAUUCGGUUGUACUAGAUGCGAUGAUUUCGGUUCUUCGCCCCGCUAUUGGCGAUGCACAAGUAGAUGGACGUCCGCUAGUCCGGCUUUGGGGCAACGCAGUGGACUGGGUGCUCGUAUUAGGGCAGUUGUACGACGGGUUUAAGCAGCGCUUAGACUCUCCCAUCAUGCAGUUCCCGCUCGUCCGCGCCAUGAUCCAGCUGGGAUACAGAUACGAUUUCCAAGUUCUCAAGGAAAAGGGAUUGGAAUACCUUUCUCAGGUGUACCCAUCGACGCUCGCCGAGUUUUCAAGCAAUGUUCGUGCAGCGAAAGCUGCCAAGUUCUUCACCGACGACAUUACCAUUGCGGAUGUGAUCAACCUCACGGUUUCUUUGGGCCUCAAAAAGAUCAUGCCGGUUGUCUUUCUUCUCGCUUUACACCAUUCUCGGUACCCGAUCCCUGCUGCAGUCGCUCUCCGACUGGCCAAGGGGCACGAAAAGCUCUACCACGGAAUGCUCAAGCACGCAUUCGCGCACAUCCACUCCAUUCGCAUGAUCCCAACCAAGCAGUGCUUAGGACAACCCUGCGGCCAAGUUCGAGCGCGGCUUUUAGCCAACCUGGUAGCCCCUCCGGUACAGCUUGUCAGGGCUGUCCAUGGUUCGUGGGACCAUGCCUCCUGGCAUUCUGCCCUAUGCGCACCUUGUUGUGAGUUUGCGAUUGAACAGUUUGUGGAGGGUCGGGCUAGGAUUUGGGAGGAAUUGCCUACGUACUUUGGGUUGCCUCCAUGGGAGGAGCUGAGGAACUUUGACUUUUCUUGA